UUGCGUUGGGACUGCUUAUUCAGUUCGAACGGCUCAGUCUCAGCUCGGGUGGCCGCCGUCUAUACACUAGACGGCUGCUUCCGACUAGACGCGCGCACCGCCACAUAUACAAUUCGCCAAAGGAGAAGAACGGAGAUGGAGAGAUGGAAAAAAUAUAGGAGGGGAGAAGGAAUCGACUUAGGAAAGGAGAGGAGAGGUGAUGGAACUGCUGUAUACCAUGUCUGUGUUGUGGGAGGGACAAAAUUGUCGUCUGUGCUUUUUUCUAACGUGGUUCUUUUUUCUUUUUGUGACUUUUUUUUUUUUGUUCUUGUUGUCUCGCCAGCUUCUUCUUUUUACUUGAAGCGCGUAUCAGCAUCUCUUUUGUUGUUCCUCUUUAUAACGCAAUACGCCCCCCCCUUUUUUUUUUCAGUUAAUGCUCAAAUACCCCGUGCUUAUAUCUUUUUUGUACCAUGCCAAUUUUUUUUUCUUGUGAAAGAAAGAGUGCGUGAGAGGAGAAGAGCAGCACAAGAUGGGAGUGAAAGGGAGUGUGGUGUUGAGGCAGGAAGAUUGUGGGAAAGGUGGCGAGAAAAGAAGCGGAAGAGAAGAAGGAGGAGGAAGAAGAAGAAGAAGAGGAAGAGGAAGAGGAAGAGGAAGAGGAAGAGGAAGAGGAAGAGGAAGAGGAAGAGGAAGAGGAAGAGGAAGAGGAAGAGGAAGAGGAAGAGGAAGAAGGGAAUUUAUUCCAUAUACCUGUUAUCCCGUGGCUUUCAUUGUUAGUGCAAGAUAUUAUUGCCUGACAUGCCACUGAUCCUCUCGUUAAUAUUAAUUUCCUUGAUUCUACAAAUUUAUAUAUUCUCACUGAAUAAUCCAUCAUUGAAUUCUAUUCUUUAAUAGAACAAUACCUUCUCUACCAACGCCUAAUAAUUACCCACCCGUGUAUUCGU